AUGGGGAACGAGUGUGAGGUGGGAAGGGAAAAGAAACAAGACACUUGUCUGCACAGAAGCACUGUGCUUUCCACCUUAUUUUUCUACCAAAUAAAUACCACAAGAGCUGGGAAAAUGACGACACCUCUGCCGAGUACUGACGGUGUGCGGGUGGCUGUGCGCGUGCGGCCUUUCAGUCAGAGAGAGAAGAACUCUGGGAGCAAAUGUGUGAUUUCCAUGCAUUCCGGGACCACCACAACCAUACAAGACCCUAAGAACCCAGAACAUAGGAAGACAUUUACUUUUGACCUGGCAUAUUGGUCUCAUGAUGGAUUUCAAAAGGACCAAGAUGGUGUGUUUAUUUCAGCUGAUCCUAGCAGUCAAUUUGCAAGCCAGACAGAUGUUUUCCACGAUCUUGGCCGGGGGAUUCUGGACAGCGCGUGGCAAGGCUAUAAUACCACCCUCCUAGCCUAUGGCCAAACUGGCUCUGGGAAAAGCUACUCCAUGGUUGGGUUUGGUGCAAACAAGGGUAUCAUUCCAAAGGUGUGCGAGGAGCUCUUUCAAGCAAUUGAGAAGAGGGAGGGAAAUGAAGAAUACCAGGUUACGUUCAGUAUGUUGGAAAUUUACAACGAGCAGAUAAGAGACUUGCUGUCUAGAACCAAGAAACCUGGGGGACUAAAAGUGAGGGAAGAUCAACAGCUGGGCUUUUAUGUGGAUGGCCUGAAGUCAGUGCCCUGUGAGAACUAUGCACAGAUUGAAAGACUGAUGGAACAAGGGACAAAAGUAAGGACCACAGCAUCAACCAACAUGAACGCCAGCAGCAGCCAGUCUCAUAUGGUUAUCACCAUUCAGUUCAAGCAGGUUUUCCUAGACAGACACCUCACCAAGCAGUCCAGUAUUAAUUUGGUGGAUUUAGCAGGAAGUGAAAGGCAGAAAUCUUCAGGAUCUGAAGGAGACAGACUGAGGGAAGGAUCACGAGUUAACUUAAGUUUAACCAAUUUAGGAAAUGUUAUCAGUGCCUUGGCUGAUGCCGCCAUGGGGAAGAGAGUUUUACACGUUCCCUACAGAGACUCCGUCCUGACCAAACUUCUCCAGCCAGCUCUGGGCGGGAACAGUAGAACCGCUUUGAUCGCAGCCAUAAGCCGGGCUGACCUCUGCUACGAAGAAACUUUGUCCACACUAAGAUCCGCGGAAAGGGCUAAAAAGAUCCAGAAUAAAGCUGUGGUCAAUACCUCAAUGCUGAUGAGAGAGUCAAAGGCAGAGAACAGCAAAGCACUGCUUGCACGUGGAAAUUCCAGGAUGGCAGAGUGGCCGCCCUGUCUGCUGGCUGAACAGGGUCCCAGGCCGCAGACGGGCCAGCUGACCUGGGCACGCCAGCUGCAGCAGGCUCGGGAAGAGUGGCAGCAGCCGUACCUGGCCAUCGCCCAGGAGCGGCAGAUGACCGAGACCUUCCCUCACCUCCUCAACGUCAGCGAGGACCCGCAGCUCACGGGUGUUCUCAAGUUCUUCAUCCAGACUGGCUCAUGUGACGCUGGUCAGGCUCCAUCGAAUGCCAUCCUUCUUCAGGGCUUGGGAAUUUCAGAUAAACACGCUUCCUUCACCAAUCUGGAUGGGACAGUGAUGGUCACGCCACACGGCAAAUGCAAAGUUGUCGUUAAUGGGGUGCCCGUCAUGACCAAGACGAAGCUGCAGCACCUGGACCGCCUUAUCUUGGGAUCCAACAGCGCCUACCUCUACAUUGGGUUUCCUUCAGAGCGAGGCAGUGAAUACUUAAGCAGGUUUGGCUAUGACUUCUUCCAGCUGGAGAGAGCAGCUGCAGAGGGAGUGAGCGUGGACAAGCUCAGUGAGCAACCCCGGGCCCUGCCUUCUAGCAUCUUCCAUGCACUGAUCGGAAAAUCUUUUCUGACCCGAGUGGACAAGGCUCUGGAGUACCAAGCCACGGACUCCGUUUACCCAUGCGCACCUGCCUCCCCAGCCCAGGGCCAGAGGCGCAACGAGGGACAUUUGAUGAACAAUCAAAUGAAUGAGGAGCAUAUGAAUUCCCUCGUGGCUGACAAGUGUCCCGCACUCAGGAGCACGUGCCGUCUUCCUAGGGGCCGCGGGGACGGGGACGCAGACCCCAGCGUGCUGGCUGUGCUCCAGGACUUCGUCAAACUGAUGCCGCUGGUGGCGGAAGCGAAUCAAAUGGGCGAAGAGCUGGAGGACGGUCCAGGACUCAGAAUGGAACUGAAGGUGAAGAAUUUAGCGUCUUCGGACUCCAGGGGCUACGAACUACAGAAAGAGGUCAUGGUGAAGGUGACGCACCAAAGGACUCAUGAGGCGUGGAUCUGGUCGAAAGCCAAGUUUAUCAAUAGGAAAUUCCUAAUGGAGGAACUUUACCAGCACUUCCUGGAGGGGGAAGACAGCCACGUGGCUCAGGAAGAUGACCCUUUCUGGGAUCCCGUCGAGGCCGUGCACCUGGGCUCGGCUCACGUGUGGCUCCAGCCCCUCGCCUACUGCAUGAAGCUCGAGGAGCAGGUGGAGUUCCUCAACUGUGACGGGAUGGAGGAGGCCGUGCUGCACAUCCACGUGACGCCCUGCUCCCCGGGGGGACAAGCAUGUGGUGACGAGGAUGUGGUUUUGGACCCUUUGGAGCUGCUGGGCAAGAGGAUGGAUUUCCAGAUUGGCCUCGUGCGGUGUCUCGGCAUCAAGUGGCUCAAGGAGGGUGCGGAGCGGGGCAUCCAGAUGGGGUACAGAAUUUAUGAUCUUUCAAGCACUUUCUAUACCAAGCCUGUAUGGAAAACUGUGAAUCCCCAAAUAGAAGAAACUGUCCAAUUUACAGCCUUAAAUGCGUCUCAGGAGUUUCUGAACUAUUUACAAACAAAUGCUCUCAUUGUCGAAUUAUGGGGUUUUCAAGAAGGCUGUGCCCAACUGAACUCCUCUCAGCCAGAUGUCAUGGUCACAAAUGAAGGCCACAUCAUGGUGGACACCAAGAAAAUUUCUACAAUGAUGGAUACAAGCCAGACCACCUCAAAUCAGAUAUCAGAACUUUAUAUGAAAUUGGUCAAGUUAGAACAGGAGACGGAACUGCUCAGAAACGUUAACAGAGCCUUGAGAGAGGAAAAUGUGCUGCUCAAACACUCACUGGAGAAAGCUGCUUCUGCCGAACCAGGUAAGAGACGACACAACCUGAAGGUCCCUCCAAUGCCAGCACAGCUGCCCGCAGCCGGGGACAGUCCUCACGUGUCCGCCCAGCGAGCCGGCUCGGACAAGGAGCUGGCCAUGGCCCUGAAGGUCUUCUACCAAAGCAAGAAUGCAGCGAGAGGACAGUGUCUCAGACUGAGACAUUAUAAACCUCCUGAUGACGAUGGAUUGCUCCGACCGUUUGUGCUCCAACAGUCGCAAUGGCUAAAGGACUUCGGGGAGCUGCUGGAAUCCAGCUUGUGGAGACUGAAAAGCGAUGUUGCUCGCAUCGUGAGAGAGAAGAGAGCGGGCUUGCUGCACCCCGGCUAGUGC